CAAAAAAUGACGGACCUUCAAACAUUUGGUGACGCCGGUGAGCCGCAAACGUCUUUCCCGGCUCCGGAAAGGAGACGGGACCCCCGACCCUCGAAACCCCCCAUAAGCUGAACUCCCUCCACGCGCUCUCACCAGCAACGCACCAAGGCGUUGACCUCAAAGCUAUAAUUCCCCAACCCCCACAGCCUCCGAUCGCAGAGUCGCAGAAGCAUCCAAACAAGAGAAGAGGUCAAUCGAGAGCAGCAGCGGCAGCCGAGGAAGGGAAGCCAAGAGAAGGCCGAGCGGCGGGGCCAGCAUGAACCGGAACACGACCGGGCUUCUGCUCGGGUGCGUGGGCGCCGCCAUGACGGUGCUGGCGUAUCAGCAGACGGUGGUGUCCAGCACGCAGUGCAUCGGCGCCGGGCUAGCCGUCCUGGUCUGCGCCCUCUGCAUCAAGGAAGGCUUCUUCUCCUUCUGAUUUUUGUAGUCUUCUUCUUCUGCUGCUUCUGCUUCUGAUGCCCGCCGCCCAGCUUUUUUCAGUUUCAGUUUUCGUUUCUUGCAGCUUAAUUCGUCUCCACCACUCGUGCUUUCAUACAUGUAGCUCCUUCCCGUAGGACCGUGCUUGUUGCAGAUCAAAGUGGUUGUAUCUUGUACUGUGUAAUUUCCUCCUUUUUUUAAUACAUAUAUACAAGUUAUUUGUCUGUCUUGGUGAA